AUGACUGAACAACCUGUCACAUUGCAAGUCCUUGUAAGUAGAUUUGGGGAUGAACAUCUCAUAGAUAAUAUAGUGAGGCAGCAGACUCUACAAUCUGUCUCAAGACAUAGAUCACUCCAAGAGAAUGUCGCAAAUUCAAGCGAUGCAAAAAUCACCACAAAUUACCAAACAACAGCGUCAAAAGAUAUAUACGGUCAAGAUAAAUUGAAAUUGAAAACUUCAGAGGGCUCCAGGUAUUUUCAGUGUGAAAAUUGUGGAAGGAAGAUAUCUGGUGGAAGGUUUGCGCUGCAUAUUAACAAGUGCUUAGAAAGAAGAGGAAGAUGA